AUGCAGCUCGUUCACUACUUGAUCGUUCUGUUGGCCAAUCUGGCCGUCGCCCAGAACCUCCCCAACAUUCCACCUUGCGCAGUGUCGUGUCUCAUCACCGCUCUGCAAGGCGAUGGAUGCCCAUCCAUAACCGAUUUCGCCUGCCACUGCCAGAAACCCGAGCUCGUCCCGAAAGUCACUCCAUGCGUCGCACAAGCCUGCCCUCUCGCCGAGCAAUCGUCUGUCUCUAGGGUCGUCGUUUCCGCAUGCUCCUCAGCUGGCCAUCCCAUCAGUGUCCCCAACCCAGGACCCUCAAGUACCCCCCAAGCAACCACCACCACAACCGCAACGACAACAAGCACCGGCACCGGCACAGGGGCAUCGCCCACAGGCUCCAUGACCAUCCCCACCGUAUCCUCCAGCCCCAAGCCCUCGUCUUCGGCCGCUAGCUCUUCCCAUGCCUCCUCGUCCCCGGGAGCAUCCACUCGCACUGGUGGUGCUGGCGGUGGUGGUGGUGCAGGUGGUGCUUCGCCUUCGGGUUCAGCUACGACCGGCUCAGCUACCCCGCCUCUCAAGACGAACGGGGCAGCGCAAGUCACGGGGAGCUUUGCUGGUAUGGCUAUUGCUGCCGUGGCUGCGUAUUACCACCUUUGA